CUGCUGGAAGAAAUGCAACACCUACAAACCGUUCCACUGCUCCUGGCCGCCCCUCGGCCCCGCCGGCAGCACCUCCUACACCCUGAACUUCUGGUGAGUUGGGCAGCGCGGCGGGCAGCGGGGAGCCCAGGGGAUGUGUCCCGGAUCCCACCCUGCGCCCGCUCCCUCCCCAGCUUCGAGAAGCGCAGCCUGUGCCGCCGGUUUGAGGUGGGCACGGCGACCAAGUACAGCCCCUCGCAUCACCAAGUGUACACCUUAGAGAACACCACGGCCUGGGUGGAGGCACGCUGGGGGGACCAGGCCCACAGGACCCCCAACCACACCCUUCACCUCGACAAGGCUGUCAAACUGGAUCCACCUCCUGCUGGGACGCGCUUCUCCAAGACUGGCGGCCAGCUGAGGGUGCGGGUGCCACGGCCACGGUGCCACGGCCUGGAGCAGCCGCCACAGCGUGAGGCUCGCUUCUGGAGGGUGGGAGACAGCAGCUGGACACAGGUGACAUGUGAGACUGUGAUGGUGACAGAUGAAGAUGACUCAGUGACCUGUGCCCUGGGGGUCAAUGGCACCUUCGUGGUCCAGCUCCGGCACAAGCCUCCCCACUGGAGCAGCUGUUGGAGUGACUGGAGCAGCAACAUCUCUGUUCCGGAGGAAAUCCUGGAGAGCCCGGUGCUGAGCCACCAGCUGGGCGAACUGGGCAGAGACGGGCAGCGGGUGCUGAGGCUCAGCUGGCAGCCAGUCCUCAAGGAGCAAAGGGAUGUCACCUACAAGCUGGAUGUCCACAUGCUGGCGUGUGACUGUGCAGACUCAGAUGAGGAGGACAGUGUGGAGCUGGGCUGGGAGGUGACAGAGCACAACCUCACUCUCUCCGGGGCUGAAUACGAAAUCCUGCUGACCGCCGUCAACGCCGCGGGGCCGGGGCCGGCGCGGCAGCUCCGUGUGCCGGCAGAGCAGCACGCAGAUCUCAGCUUCAAGGAGAUCAGCGUGGCCGGCGGCACCGUGACUGCGCGGUGGGAAGCGCCGGUCCCCGGCGACGCCUUCUGCUUCGAGCAGCAGACACUGCCAGGGCCUCCCAAACAGGGAGUCUGCAUCCAGCAGGAAUUCCCUGCCAACAGCAUCCACGUGGAGAGAGGAGCGCUGGGAGCGCCGGGCUGUCACCGCCUCGCCGUGCACGGCUGGGACCCCGAGCGGGGCUGGGCCACCUUCGCCCUGUGGCACCGCUACUCCAGAAACGAUUCGCUGGCGGUGCCCAUCAACAUCAGCACCGCCGAGGCCGCCGUUGUGCUCCGGUGGAAACCGUCCCCACGUGCCGCCUGUCCCAGAGCGCUGGCCAAGUACCUCGUCUGCCACGGGGCUGAAGGGGACAACGUGACCUACAGUGAGGUGGACGCCACGGCAUCAAACUACACCCUCCAAAACCUCCAGCCUGGCACAGCCUACAGGGUGGGUGUUUGGGAGGUGGCAGAGGACAGCAAGAGGACCUGCAGCGCUUGGAGGCUCUUCCAGACCAAGGCGCUGGGUCCCCAUGGAGCAGCGUGGAGAGGCAGCCUGAAGUACCUGGGCAUCUCGCUCGGUCUCCCCGCCGCAGCUGCCAUCUACCACCUGAGCAAAAAGAGAGCUCGGCGCCUCCUCCUCCCACCCCUCCCCAAGCCCGUGGGCACCAAAGCCAUGCAGUUCUCGGACGGCGAGAUGAGCCAGGGCCAGCCCCGGACAGGCCUCCUGGAGCCCUCGGAGAGGUUCAACCCAGCCGAGCUGCUGCUGACGGAGCAGAAUCCCAGCGAGGAGAUGACUGACCCCCAAACUGACCCCCAGACUGACCCCCAGACUGACCCCCAGACUGACCCCCAGACUGACCCCCAGACUGACCCCCAGACUGACCCCCAGACUGCGGUGCCACAGCCCGACGUGUCGCAGCCCGGCCCCGCGCUGGCAAAGCCGGUGGCAGCGGUGGUGACGCCGCCGGGCUGUGGGGAGGAGCUGCCCUUCGCCUACCGCAGGCAGGAGAUGCUGAGCCCGGGGGAUUCUCCAGCCUCCGGCAGCACCAGCUGCACCGGGCACACACCCGGAGAGGAGGAGGAGGAGGAGGAGGAGGAGGAGGAGGAGGGAAGGCAGGGGCUGCACCAGCCGCUGAUCCCCAUCGCCCUGCUCAUCUCCGACAAACCCAUCAUCAUCAGGGAUGAGGAGCGAUGGGAUCCCUCGCCGGAGCAGUCGGUGCUGUAGCCAUCACCGGGCUGGAGCAGGGGGGAUGGAGGGCAGGAAGGGCACGGGGGUGUCCCAUGGAACGCCGAGUGGGAUGUGAGUGCCCAGUCCGCGAGUGGCACUGGGACUUCCAGGGGGUUUCUGGUUUCCAGGACAGGGAAGGUGAUGCCUUUGGAUGCAGCAUUGCACCGGGACAGGUUUCAGCCACGUCAUUUCCAGCCUCAACCUUUCACCAACAAUAAAACCCGAGCGAAGGCGGCUGCAGAGUCUGGCUGGGACAGAGGGUAUUUCCAUGCCUGGACUGGGAGGAGAGGCAGAGCUUCAUCCCAGCUGGUUGCUCCCUCCAGAACCAGUAUCCAGAUGGGGACACAAAAAGCCCCAGCACCAAACACCAGCAACCUGCAAAAAACAGCAACAAUAACAACAAAAAAAGCGCAAAAAAUA